AUGUACGCUGACAACCACAGAAAGGCCAAGACCUCAAACAAGAGCCGAUUUCUUUUUUUCUUUGCAGCACUGGGUGAAGGGAAGGAUGGAUUUAUUCGGUGUCCUCUGGAGGCCCUCAACUGGAAGGAAAGGAAGUAUCUGAUCCUGGAAGAGAUCCUCACCUACCGCCCUGACAUUGUUUGUCUACAGGAAGUUGACCAUUACUAUGACACUUUCCAGCCAAUCAUGGCCAGCCUCGGUUACCACGGCAGCUUCCUGGCAAAGCCUUGGUCUCCUUGUUUAGAUGUAGAACAAAACAAUGGACCUGAUGGUUGCGCAUUGUUCUACCGCCUCUCGCGUUUCUCCCUCCAGACCUCAGUUCCUUUGCGGCUGUCCGCAAUGAGGUUACCCACCAACCAGGUAGCCAUUGUGCAAAUACUGAACUGCCGGCUAACAGGUCGGCGACUUUGCGUGGCCGUCACGCAUCUGAAAGCCCGAAGUGGCUGGGAGAGGCUGAGGAGCGCACAGGGCGCCGACCUACUCCAGAGCCUACGAAGCAUAACUUCCAGGAGCGGAGGCAACCAGGAUCUGGACUCACCGGGGGACGAUCCGCUGGUGGUGUGUGGGGAUUUUAACGCAGAGCCUUCAGAAGACGUUUACCGCCGUUUCAGAUCCUCCCCUCUUGGCCUGGACUCUGCUUAUAAGCUGCUGAGUUCUGACGGACAGACGGAGCCGCCUUACACGACGUGGAAGAUCCGUCCCACUGGAGAAAGCUGCAGCACACUUGAUUACAUCUGGUAUACCCACAAGGCUUUGAGCGUGGACUGCUUGUUGGAUAUUCCUACUGAAGAGCAGAUCGGUCCAGACCGCUUGCCCUCGUUUCACUACCCCUCGGACCAUUUAUCACUGCUUUGUGACAUCAGCUUCAGGGAGGGUUAAUGUACGCUGACAACCACAGAAAGGCCAAGACCUCAAACAAGAGCCGAGUAAUUGUUGAAACAUUUUUCGACCAUGAGUAUUAAACGUCAUUUAAUGGUCGCCACAACAAGUCAAUCGCAUGUUUUUACACAGGAUGCGCAUGAAAGGCAGGAUCGUGAUUGAAUAACUACAGUGGUGUGAAAAAGUGUUUGCCCCCUUGAUUUCAUGGUCAUAAACAACUUUAAAUGUUUGUCAAAGACAACAUAGCUGAAUGCAAAAUCUUUUUUUUUAAGUGAGUUUUUAUUAUUAAGGGAUGAAAAAAAGCCCCCUAAACCCAAUAACUGAUGAGUCUCAUUCAGCCACAUCAGGUUCAGGUUGCAUCUCAAUAGGAUUCAGGUCAGGACUUUGUCUACCAUUCCAAAGUCUUCAUUUGGUUUUUUCUUCAGCCAAUCAGAGACGGACGGACUUGCCGGCGUGUUUUUAGAUGAUUGUCCUGCUGCAGAACCCAAUUUUGUUUCUGCUUGGUUCCAUUUAUCACAACAAGUCUUCCUGACCCUGAAGCACCUAAACAGCCCCAGACCAUCACACUUUUUUUUUUUACACCACUGUAUUUAAUGAAGUGAUAUAUGACAUCCUGAGUUCUUGAAAUUGGAACACAUUCAGGGGUAUUUUACAUGAAUAUUUACUCAAGAUUAUGUGAUCAUUACUGGACUGAUGGUGAUAAACCCCACAGUUGUUAAAUGAUUCAUUAUUUUUAGGAAUGAAUUUGUUGGACACUUCGGUUUCCUCCCACAUUCCAGAAACAUGCUAGGUUAAUUAGCGACUCCAAAUUGUCCAUAGGUAUGAAUGUGAGUGUGAAUGUGCCCUGUGAUUGGCUGGCGACCAGCCCAGGGUGUACCCCGCCUCUCGCCCGAAGACAGCUGGGAUAGGCUCCAGCACCCCCGCGACCCUCGUGAGGAUAAUCGGUAGAAAAUGAAUGGACCCGGCCUGGCUGACAUGAAUAUGCUGCAUAUCCUGUACUAUACUACACUAUGUACUAUCUUAUAAAAAAAAUAAAGCAGGAAUUUUUA